CUUUCUCCUCCAGCUGAAGCAGAAAGACAGUCUUCUUCACCCUCAUCACCAGACAUCAUGACGUCCAUGAUGAUGCGAAGCUCCAGGUCCAUGGGUGGCGGCGCCUACAGGGCCAGCGCCGGCUCCAUGCACGGAGGUGCUGGUGGCAGCAGUGUCCGUAUCUCCUCUGGCGGCUCCUCCAUGUCCAUGUAUGGUGGCGGCGGCGGUGGAAGCGGUGGAGCGUCCUACAGCUUCAGCUACGGCGGUGGAGGUGGUGGCGGCGGCGGGUUUGGCGGGUUCGGCGCUGGCGGCGGCGGCGGCGCCGACAGCAUGGACAUCUCGGCCAACGAGAAGGCCACCAUGCAGAACCUGAACGACCGUCUGGCCACGUACCUGGAGAAGGUCCGCAAGCUGGAGGCGGCCAACGCCGAGCUGGAGCUGAAGAUCAGGCAGUUCCUGGAGAGCAAGACCGCCCCCUCCUCCAGAGACUACAGCGUCUUCUACGUCACCAUCGCAGAGCUGCAGGGAAAGAUCCAGGACGCCACCAAAGUCAACGGUGGCAUCUACCUCGCCAUUGACAACGCCAAGCUGGCCGCCGACGACUUCAGGCUCAAGUUCGAGAACGAGCUGGCCAUGCGUCAGUCGGUGGAGGCCGACAUCGCCGGGCUGAGGAGGGUUCUGGACGAGCUGACUCUGGCCAGGACCGACCUGGAGAUGCAGAUCGAGGGUCUGAGGGAGGAGCUGAUCUUCCUCAAGAAGAACCACGAGGAGGAGCUGCUGGCCAUGCGAGCUCAGAUGAGCGGACAGGUGAACGUGGAGGUGGACGCCGCUCCUCAGGAGGACCUCAACAAAGUCCUGGAGGAGAUGAGAGAGUACUACGAGUCCGUCACCGCCAAGAGCCGCAAAGACCUGGAGGCCUGGUUCCAGGCCAAGUCAGAAACACUAAACAAAGAAGUCGCCGCCAGCACAGAAACCAUCCAGACGUCCAAGUCAGAGCUCACAGAGAUCAAACGGACGCUGCAGGGCCUGGAGAUCGAGCUGCAGUCACAGCUCAGCAUGAAAGCCGGUCUGGAGGGAACCCUGGCUGAGACUCAGAGCCGGUACGCCAUGCAGCUGGCCGGUUACCAGAACCAGGUAGCCAUGCUGGAGGAGCAGCUGGUGCAGCUGAGGGCCGACCUGGAGAGGCAGGGACAGGAGUACCAGAUGCUGCUGGACAUCAAGACCAGACUGGAGAUGGAGAUCGCCGAGUACAGGAGGCUGCUGGACGGAGAGGGCGGCGGCAGCAUCUCCGCCUCCUCCUCCUCCUUCUCCUCCUCCGCCACCUCCAACUCCACCUCCAACUCCGCCUCCAACUCCGCCUCCUCCACCACCACCACCAAACAGAAAGUCAUCACAGUCAUAGAGGAGAUCGUGGACGGAAAGGUGGUGAGCUCCACAGAGACCGUCAGCUCCAGCGAGUGAGCACCAACUGCUCUCACUGCACUCUCACAAAAAAUAAAAGUCUGCUGAGGUGCUUCAAAAUAAAAGCUUGUCA